AUGAGAGGUCCGCAAACUCUGUUCACAGGGCUUCUUCAGGUGACUAUUUUGGUGAAAUUGACAGAAGCCAUUUCGGUGGCAGACAGAGAGAUGCUGCUCUUUCUCCAUCUCUCUACCAGAGUGACUGUCAAUCCCCCGGCUAUGGACAUGGAAAUCCUCCAGUGGUCCAGUGAUCUGGAAGGAUAUGCUAAACUAUGGGCCGAGAGUUGCAGCUGGGAGUAUCCAAGGGCCACAAACAUCUCUGAAAGGCCCCUCACCUUGCUUGGGAUGAAUAUCGCUGUAAUUUCGACUGAGAGUUUCAUUUUAAAGGAAAACGUACCAUCGGUAGCCAUGUUCUAUCAAAUGUGGAUGCAAAACCGCCAUAACUUUGACUACGAUCUUGGCAUCUGCAAGGAGGGCUAUUGUGGACACUAUACACAAAUCGUCUGGGCCAUAACCGAGUUCAUUGGGUGUGACCGGGCUUAUUGUGAAUCCGAAGACCAUAGCAAAGUUAAGGGCCACGUCCUCGUCUGCAUCUACUCUCCGCCGGGGAGAACUGCAGGUGGCCAACCCUAUCAGAGCCUCAGCAGCCACGAGCAGUAUCCCUUGGACACGGAGCCAUGGAUUUUCGACCGAGAAGGAAGCUUCAUCAACUCAGCCCAAGGUCUAAUCGAAGGACCAAAAUGCAUGCUUUUCGCAGUUAUUCUCUGCUGCAUUUCCUCGCAAUGA